AUGAUGGCAGCAAGCAGCAAGGACGGAGAACAAGUAUCCCCAACAGUAACCGACAAUGGCGAGAACCACCUGCAAAAAAGGCGAUCCUUCUUUCGCAGUACGCUAUUCCAAAUCCUCGUUGUUGGCCUCUGCGCCUUCUGUGCCCCAGGGAUAUGGAGCGCCAUGAACGGCCUGGGCGUGGGGGGCUCACAAAGCCCGAACUUGGUGAACGCCGCCAACGCCCUGUUGUACGCCUUUAUGACGGUAACCUGCUUUGCCGGCCCCUGGCUGACGAACAUCAUCGGGUUCCGCUACACGCUGGCAAUCGGGUCAGUCGGCUACCCGCUCUACGCUGCAGGUCUAUACCUGAACAACCGCACCGGCGCCACCUGGCUCGUCUAUCUUGGCUCCAUAACCUGCGGCCUCAGCGCCGGCUUCUUCUGGAGCGUCGAAGGCGCCAUCGCCACAGGCUAUCCAGAGCAGCACAAACGAGGCCGGUACAUCGCAACGUGGUUCACAUUCCGGAAUUUCGGAAACAUCAUCGGCGGCGCCAUCUCCCUGGGGAUCAACCACAGCGUCAACAAACGCGGGCAGGUAGGAUACCAAACCUAUCUUGGGUUCAUCGCCAUCCAAUGCCUGGGUCUCGUGUUUGGCCUUUUACUCUCAAACCCCGAGAAAGUCCAACGCGACGACGGAACUCGCAUCGAAGCCCCCAGGAACAUAAACUGGCGCACAGAAUUGCGUGCCAUGUGGCGUCUCGCCCGAAGUAAAUCCAUCCUCCUCCUCACGCCCCUGUUCUGGUACUUCGGCUGGAUCCAGGCCUACCCGGGCACCUACCUGGCAACCUACUUCACGGUUCGCUCGCGGGCACUCGGCAGCUUCCUCUCGGCCGUAGUCGGCACGCUAGCCACCUGGCUGGGCGGUACACUCGUCGACCUACCCUGGCUUCCAAGCCGGAAGGCAAGGGCUGUAACAACAUACGGCCUCAUUGCAGCCAUGAACACCGCAACGUGGAUCUGGGCCGUGGUGAUUCAAAACGAAUACAGACAUACAAAGCCCGUGCUGGACUGGGCGGACCAAAGCGCGUUUGGGCGCGGCUUCGGGGUCUACAUGUUCGAGCGGAUCAGCUUAGGCAUGGUCGAGAACUAUAUCUACUGGUGUAUUGGGAAUCUGUCGGAUUCGCCCGGUGAUCAGAUCAGAUAUAGCUCUUUGUUGAGGGGGAUUGAGACUGCCGGUGUGGCGGUCGGGUUCGGGGUACAGGCUGUGCCGACGGCUUUGAUUGUGACUGCGGGAAUUAAUCUGGGGUUGUGGUGUGUUGCGUUGCCAUUUAGCUAUUAUGCUACUCUGGGGGUUGUGAGGAAGUUCGCGAAGUUGGAGUUGGUAGGGCAAGGGGAUAGACCUGAAGAGAGAUAUUGA